UCUUUUUCUUUUUUUUUUUCUCUCUCCUUUUUUUUGACUUUUCUCUUUGUUUUAUUUUUCUUCUGUAUUUAACUAUUUCAAAUGAAUAUACCUUUACUUUUAAACAAUAAUAAUACACCAAAUGAUCUAUAUAACACGACCUCAAGAUCGGUAACAUCAGUUGUUCACCAUUCUAGUCAACUAGUCAAACGACCUUUUACAUGCAACUGGGGUUCUUGUGGCAAGACUUUUUCCCGAAGAUCGGAUCUGGCAAGACAUUGUCGUAUUCAUACUGGUGAACGACCUUUUCCAUGUGAUUGGGCAGGUUGCAACAAACAAUUUAUUCAACGAUCAGCUCUGACUGUUCAUCGUCGUACUCAUACUGGUGAAAGACCUCAUACUUGUGAAUAUCCUUUUUGUGAAAAAGCAUUUAGUGAUUCUUCCUCUUUGGCGCGUCAUCGAAGAACUCAUACUGGUAAUCGACCUUAUACUUGUGAUAAAUGUGAAAAAUCAUUUACAAGAAAAACAACUCUUUCAAGACAUAAAAUGGCCUGUCAUGCUGAAAAACGUCCAAAUGUCUUGGUGUUUUCUUCUUCAAAUUUACCAACAUCACCUUCUGAUUCGGAUUCAAGCUCAAGUCCUCUUACUCAACAUACAAUUCAUUCUCCUUUACUGGAUUCUCCAUCACCACCUGCCAUAUUAUCAUCCUCUUCUCAAUCUACAUUAUUAUGUCCUUCACCUUACUACCCUGUUCCUUUUUACAAUUAUAUACAACAUAAACGGCCACUCAAAUAGUAUCUAUUACAUUAAUGACGUGAUCUUGCUUUGUAAUAUUCUUUUUAUAUAUCUUCUUUCUCUAGUUAAUUUUCAUCCAUUCUAUGUGUAUACUUCUACUUUCUUCUUCUUUAUAUAUAUAUAUAUAUACCUAUUUCCCAUUUUACCUUUUUUUUUUUUUAAUAAAUAUAAA